AUGCAGUGCGUGGAGCGGUGGGUCAAUAGCAUUCCGCCGGACGCCCCGACUUAUGUGCAGAACUCCCUAACGCAACUCGAGAUCCUCUCCGACCCCAAGUCCUUUCCUGACGAACUCCCUGUCUCCGAAGACACGCCAACCUGUGGCGACACCAGUAUUCCCGGCACUAGUGGUGGCAGUGGAGGUGGUGGACCUACGCAUCAGACAUAA